CACACACACACACACACACACACACACUCGUCCUUUUACGCACACACACUUCCCAGCAGCCAUGCCUGUGUUCAGUGGUCUGUUGAAGGUGCGGGUUUGUGAGGCGGUGGACCUAAAGCCCACUCCAUGGGCGCUGCGUCACGCAGUGGGGAAGAGCGGCUCCUUCCUGCUGGACCCCUACCUGGCUCUGAAUCUGGAUCAGACCCGACUAGGCCAGACCGCCACCAGAACCAAGACCAACAGUCCCGUUUGGCACCAGGAGUUCUGCACCGAGGUGCGUGAGGGAAGGAGCCUGGAGCUGUCAGUGUUCCACGAUGCACCCAUCGGGUAUGAUGACUUUGUGGCCAACUGCACCAUCCAGCUGGAGGACCUGCUGCAGAACGGAACCAGGCACUACGAAGACUGGAUUGACUUGGAACCGGAAGGGAAGGUGUACGUGGUCAUUGAUCUGUCCGGAUCCUCCACUGAGGCUUCAGGAACCAACGAGAAUGAGGAGCGCGUGUUUCGCGAGAGGAUCGGCCCUCGCCGGCGACAGGGCGCCGUCCGUAGGCGCGUCCAUCAAGUCAAUGGACACAAGUUCAUGGCCACCUAUCUUAGACAGCCGACCUACUGCUCACACUGCAGAGAUUUCAUCUGGGGCGUGCUGGGGAAGCAGGGAUACCAGUGUCAGGUGUGCACGUGUGUUGUCCACAAACGCUGCCAUGAGCUGAUCAUCACCAAGUGUGCCGGCAUGAAGAAGCAGGAAGACACACCUGAGGAGGUGGGCUCACAGCGGUUCAGUGUUAAUAUGCCCCAUAAGUUCAGUAUCCACAACUACAAGGUCCCCACUUUCUGUGACCACUGCGGCUCCCUGCUGUGGGGCCUCAUGAGGCAGGGCCUGCAGUGCAAAGUGUGUAAGAUGAAUGUGCACAGGCGGUGCGAGACCAAUGUAGCUCCUAACUGCGGCGUGGACGCCCGAGGAAUCGCCAAGGUCCUGUCUGACCUGGGAGUCACACCUGACAAGAUCUCCAACACUGCGCAGCGCAGGAGGAAGUUGACUCCAGGGCAGGACCCUCCCCAGUCUCCUCCUGAGCACUCUCAGACUGAGGAGAACAGCUUCAGCCAGCCAGCUGUCCCCACCUCCCCCUCACAACAGGACUUGGCAGAGUUGGAUCGCCUGCAGGACGCGCUGUCGCUCGACCAGCAGGGACCUCAGCACUCUUCCUCCUCUUCCUCCUCCACCACCUCCUCUUCCUCGUCCUCCUCGGCAGCCAGGCAGAACGGAGAGAGCCAGAGGAGGAGCCUGAAGGAUUUCAACUUCAUCAAGGUUCUCGGCAAAGGCAGCUUCGGCAAGGUGAUGCUGGCGGAGCUGAAGGGGACAGAAGACGUUUACGCCGUUAAAGUUCUGAAGAAGGACGUCAUCCUGCAGGACGACGACGUGGACUGCACCAUGACCGAGAAGCGCAUCCUGGCCCUCGCCCGUCGACACCCCUACCUCACCCAGCUGUACUGCUGUUUCCAGACACGGGACCGUUUGUUCUUUGUAAUGGAAUAUGUGAAUGGAGGAGAUCUGAUGUUCCAGAUUCAACGAUCCAGGAAGUUCGAUGAGCCUCGCUCUCGGUUCUACGCUGCCGAAGUCACCUCAGCCCUUAUGUUUCUGCACCGUAACGGAGUCAUCUAUAGGGAUCUGAAGCUGGAUAACAUCCUCUUGGAUGCUGAGGGUCACUGUAAGCUGGCAGACUUUGGUAUGUGCAAAGAGGGCAUCAUUAACGGAGUCACUACCACCACCUUCUGUGGCACCCCGGACUACAUUGCCCCUGAGAUCCUGCAGGAGCUGGAGUACGGAGCCUCUGUGGACUGGUGGGCCCUUGGGGUGCUGAUGUAUGAGAUGAUGGCCGGACAGCCUCCGUUCGAAGCCGAUAAUGAAGACGACUUGUUUGAGUCGAUUCUCCACGACGAUGUCCUCUACCCCGUGUGGCUCAGCAAAGAGGCUGUUUCUAUUCUCCGAGCGUUCAUGACAAAGAACCCGGCCAAGCGUCUGGGCUGCGUCGUGAGCCAGGGUGGCGAGGAGGCCAUCAAGACCCACGCCUUCUUCAGAGAGAUCGACUGGGUACUGUUGGAGCAGAGAAAAGUCAAACCACCCUUUAAACCCCGGAUUAAGACCAAACGAGAUGUGAAUAACUUCGACCAGGAUUUCACCAAGGAGGACCCCGUGUUGACGCCCACGGACGAGGCCAUUAUCCGACAGAUCAACCAGGAGGAGUUCAAGGACUUCUCCUACUGCGCCCCCGAGGAGACGCAUACCUAACACAUACACACACAAAUACACACAGAUCCAGCCACACUAAACUCGGUAUGCACGCACUCACACAUGCUGACACUCCAUAGAUCCAUAAAAUCCCUUUACAAAUCACACACGCACACAAACACACACACACACACGGUCAGUCCUUUACUUUGAAGCUAUUGGCUGUUGUUACUUUUGAGAUAUAAUUUACUUGCAUUGUGUUGUUGUUGUUGCCUGGGUUCAUUAUGAAUAUGAAUAUGAAUUUAAAUAUGAAUAUGCACACGCUCUCACAAACAAACGCACGCACACAUCGACGCGCUCACGUGCGUACAAACACUACAAUCCCAAGUUUUACGUGCCCUCGCGCACUCCUACAAGGUCACUGCACACGCUCAGACAAAACCAAACACACAUACACACACCUACACUGCUUCUCUCCCCGGCACCUGUACACAUGUGGACUGUGGGUGCUGGGUGCAGAGGCUUGUAUAUAGCCUGUGUUGAGUGGCUGUAUCGUGCUGGUGUUGUCUGCUAUUAAAGGAGCGUCGUGGCGCAUGGACAAGCA